AUGGAAACAAGCAAUCCGGCACCAGACGACAUGGCCCCACCUGUAGUGGCAUUGUCCAGCCCAUUGCCCGACCCAGAUGCAACACCCACACCAGCUCCUGAACCAAACACUGAUGAUCCCAAUGCCUACAUAGAAAAGUUGUUUCGUAACUGGGCGAAAAACUUGCGCCUGGCGUUUCUCAACAGCCACUUGUCUACUUACCGCGAGCGCGUCAAUCAAGGAAGGUUACGAGCCAAGGACUAUGCACACGAGGUCAUGCAAGAAUACUUCAAGCAGUAUCAUUGGAAGUUGAAGGUAUCAGAUGAGCCCUUGGAACACGGUCCAUUGCAAAUGGAGCCGGAGGAGUCGCUUUCCCCGGUCGAACUCGCACAAAAAUCGCAAAAGGUUCUUGCGAUGCAAAAGGCGAUCACGAGCUGGCUGGAUUAUUGUGCCAAGUCCCCAAAGAAGUUGUUCGUCCACCGCGGCAAGCCGGAGAACAAUGAGUGGACCCGGCUCCUCAGCCAACUUUCUGCACACCAGCGGUGGUCCAAAGACCAUUUUGAGACCGAGGUCAAGUCUCGUUUUCUCAAGAAGUGGCGCAAGGCCAGGCUGCCUAAGGAGAAGAUGGCAGCCUUUCGCGACCAGAUCACAUGCAAACGCUUCAAAAAGCUGUCCAAAGAAGAGCAGAGGGAUUGGAGGGAUAAAGCGCAAGCAGAGGGUAAAGCAGCAGUCAAAGAGUGGAACGACCGGCUCGAAGCACCUCUGUCCACAUCUCCUCUCGAUAGACAAGUGGCCCUGGAUAACUUGGCAACUUUUGCUGGACCGAUUCUUUCUGGUAUGUCUGAAACUCUCGGCAUGCAUGUAUCCCUUUUGGUUGGUGGUCCCGAACCUCGGAAGCAGGGGAAGAUCACUGUCGUCAGCAUGCACGAGGGCGUUGAUCUGAAUUUGAAACCAUGCAAUUGGCAGACCCAAGAUAAAGCAAAAUUUAAGAUGGUCACAAAGCAUUUUCAAGACUACCUAUCGCAUGCAUAUAGUAAACAGGAUUGUGAUUCUCGUCGCCUCCUGGACGAUUUAAACAACCUGUUCACCAUUACGGAUGAAGGCGAUCAAUCUGAUGCUCAGGAGGAUCGGGAAGAUCAUCAAGCGAAUAAACCGACAAAGGCCAAAUAUAGAUCACACCAAACGAAAUCAAAGCAGAAAGGUACCAAAAGGGCUCGUACUUCUCGACGCAAGCCUUCCAAACCUUCUGAGAUGGACAAAUCAUCAUCAGAAUCAUCUUCCACAUCCUCCAGCUCGUCUUCGUCUUCCUCAUCUUCAGGUUCCGCUUCAUCAAGCUCUACAGACACGGACAGUGAAGAAGAACAUCAUCGUUCUAACAAGGUACUACCAUUUUCACCGCCAAAAGGACAUUAUGGUGUUACCUACUUCAAUCCACACCACAAAGCGGCAGCUCUCGCACGACUCAACGUAAGGCGAAGCGAUUGCACGUCUGAAGUGUCGGCUCGUGCAUCUGAGAUGCUGGAUGACACAGAAGAAAUUGACCAGCUUGACGAGAGCACUGCUGACACCCCCAUUGACGAUGCCGAGAUAAGCACCGAUCGUCCUCCUGUUCCACCUGCAAUCACAUCUACCGUUAUCGUUGAGCCACCUCUUGACAAUAUCAUCGCCCGCCCAACUUUCAACGACAAUACAAUUGAUCCGCGUCUCAGAGAAGACUCUGGGAUGGCUGUUGAUCAACCACCUGCUCCACCUGCCGAGAUUCUUGGACAGGGUCUUCGCGAGCCUGUUGAUGAUCACAUUAUAGAUGAGACGCCCUCUGCUGAACGGGACAUAGAAGGGGCUGUGGACGAUCAUGACACCACAACUUGGGACAAGCACACGGUCAACUCAAAUAAGACUGCAAACGCCUCUCAUGAUGGCAACAUAUCCCUUAGCCUGCCUGCACUCCCACCCAGCCCACCGUGGUUCAACAAUCUGUUCCAACAGUUGAUGAAUCCCGCCCCGGCCUCUCCUCGUGUGAUCCAGUUGUUUGAAAAGCUGGUAUGCCUUGAGGAUGCGUCAGGCUUUGCGAACGAGAAGGCUGCCUUGGGAUGCGAACAUUGUCCAGUCGAAGUCCACUGGUGGAUUUCCCGUGGACGUAAAGGGAAACCAACCAUACCUGAUCUCAAUGCAUUCAUGUUGCAAUGGUGGUCCUGGUGGAUCACACUUCAACCGGAGUGGAGAAAAUGUCAGGCCCCGACACUUAUGACAAGUGCAAUUCUCCCUCGCACAGAUGACGGCAACUGGGACACCCUCAACAAACCAGGUGCAAAUGGCAUGCUCUCGGUUGUAGCUACCUUGAAAUGGUGGGCAGAUGGUGCAGAUGGUAAAGGGUACAAAGAUUCACGAUGGGAAGAUGCUGCUGACGAUGUCGUGUGGGUUUUGGAUCGGCUCAUAGCAACUCGUUCUAUGUCAAAGUCUGUGGCUUCCAGUGGUAGCAAGAAACAGGGUCGCUCUGAUACUCUGGCAAAUGCAUCAUCAUCGAAGAGGACGUGUAACUGGCCAUAA